CUUGACGCCUUCCACAACAUAUUUCUACCCACUCUCCAGCAGAUUCAUCUUAUUAAUUGCCUGAUAGUCAUAAAGAGACUUUGUGGUUUAGCUCGAGAGCACGCUGAGUGAUGAAAUAUUCCUCUCUCUCCGUUGUGAAAAUUGUGAAAUUGCUCAUUAGAAAUUAAUUAGGAGCUUAGGAAAAGUGAUUAGGGUGCAUACUUUCCUCCCAAAUUGUGCAGAAUUAAUCCAAUGAGACCGUUCAGUGUGAAUCUUCACAGAAAGGCACAGAAUGGUUGUGGAUGCGAGUGUUGUGAAUGUGGAAGUGCUCGGUGGACAGACUCCAACGCCAGACAGGAAGGACACAGCGGUGGAUGUUGCGACAGGAAGUGACUUUGAGACGGCAAUUGCGGCCACGGGAUAUGGCCGCUUCAACAUCUUCAUCCUCGCCAUUGCCCUCUUCUGCUGUCUGGGCAGCAUCAACGAGAGCACCACAAUGGCCUACAUUCUCCCAGCCGCCGAGUGCGACUUGAAUCUGUCGCUGCAGAACAAGGGAAUGCUCAAUGCCAUCACCUACAUGGGCAUGAUAACAUCCGCCUUCUUAUGGGGCUACUUGGCGGACACUCUAGGACGUCGGGAGAUUCUUGGCUACGGCUACAUAAUCAUGGGCAUCUUUGAGACAGCUUGCGGCUUCAGCCAAACCCUGUGGAUGCUGCUCGUCUUCAAGUACAUCUCCGGAUUUGUUGCCUGCGGACCCUUCGCCGUGCUCAUGAGCUACGUGGCAGAGAUGCACGGCGCAAAGCAUCGCGCCCGCAUCGUCCUGACUGUGGGCACCUUCUUCUCCAUCGGUAACAUAAUCCUGCCGUGCAUCGCCUGGGCCGUGCUGCCGAGAUCCUGGACAGUGACUUUCGUGGCGAACAUCUUCGAACUACACUCGUGGCACAUUUUCUUGCUAAUUUGCGCCACCCCAAGUUUACUUGGUGGAACACUGGUGGUUCUGUUGCUGCCGGAAAGUCCCAAAUUUCUCAUGUCCCGCGGCCGAAAUGACGAGGCGCUGGCAAUCUUCCAGAGGAUCUUCCAUGAGAACACAGGAAAGGCUGCCCAUGAAUAUCCGAUUAGGGCGCUUAUUGACGAGUUGCGACAAAGUGGGUCAGGACAGAAGGCUUUGAGUGGCGCCAGCAGUGUGCCGAAAUCAAAAGGAUGCGCCGCCCUGAAGGAUGGCUUGUCUCAAAUUGCACCCAUGCUGAAGCGACCGCACUUGAGAAACUGCUGUCUUGUCUUCAGCAUUCAAUUUGGCGUUCUCAUGAGCCAAAAUACUAUCCGUCUGUGGCUUCCCGAGAUAUUCCACAUGAUGGCCGAAUAUAGCAAAGCAUCAAAUGAUCCUACAAAUCACACAACGAGUAUGUGCGACAUAAUUGAUGCCUCUCAAAGCAUAAAGAGCGCCAAUUCCACCCACUUGGCCGGUCAAGCCAUUCAGCCUGUGGAAUGCACCGCGACUCCAGAUAGCAGUGUUUACUUCAAUGCACUCAUUGUGGGCAUCGUGUCCUUGGUAGGAUAUCUAAUUGCGGGCUUCAUAAUUAACAAGAUUGGCAAUCGAAAUCUGAUGAUAUUUGGCCUCGUUGUGUCCGGACUCUCGGCCUAUUCUAUGUACUUUGGCAUAAAUCUGGAGAGCAUUGUCGCAGCGGCGAGCAUUUGUGUGGGCAUUGGAAGCAUCUGCAGCACGGCAAUGAUGGGCCAAAUAGCCAUUCUCUUUCCCACUUCGCUGAGAACAAUGACCAUCUCUUUAUCACUCAUGUUUGGACGAAUUGGGGCCAUGAUUGGAAACCUCGUUUUCCCAUACUUACUGAUGCUCGGCUGCCUUCCGCCAUUUAUCACAAUUGGAUCUCUUUUGACGGUUGCCGGUUUGGCGGGCCUUUUGCUGCCACGGAAAUCCAAAGCACCCUUGCAAUAAAGACAGAUUGAUUGUACCUUAUUUAAUAAUUUAAUACACUGAAUAUAUAUAUUGA